AGCUCAGCCAGAACAGGACCUUCCCCAUGUCCCAUGGUCAGAUAUCAGACUGAAUGAGAAGAUUGGAGAGGGAAGUUUUGGUACUGUGCACAUUGGGACACUGAGAGAGAAAGACAUGGUUGCAGUCAAGGUGUUGGGCUUUGAAGAAUAUCCUGUAGAUCUCGGUGAACCAUCCAAUCUGCUGGCUAAGAACUUAAGGGAGGAGGCACAUGUCAUGCUGCAGAUACAAACAGAAAAUGUGGUGAAACUGAUUGGAGUGUGCAUGGACAAAGGACACUAUUCCAUAAUCAUGGAGUACAUGCCUAGAGGCACCCUUCCACAUGUACUGCAGACUCUAGACAGGCAGCUGUCCUGGCCAGAACGUCUCCUGAUGUGUCUGGACGCUGCUCGCGGUCUCAGGACCAUCCACCAUCCACACGGCGGCUACCCUGCCAGGCUGCAUGGUCAUCUCAGCUCCGACGCUUUCCUGGUAAACAACGAUCUCAGGGUCAAGCUAUCUGACUUCUGCACAACCAAGACAAGGUCAUCUAUCAACAAGAGGAAACGUAGCCAUCGUCGCAGGAGCACUGUUGCCUACCUGGCACCAGAACAUCUGCAAGCGAUCCAUGAAGCUGCGGAUUAUCCAUCUGAAGUGUACAGUUUUGGUGUCAUCAUGUGGGAGAUAGUAUCCCAGAGAAUAGCACAUCAAGAAAGACGAGGAGUGAAUGAGUCAGAAAUCCGCAGAUUUGUGUUGGAGGAGAAAAAAAGUGAAGACUUACCAGCUGACUGCAGUCCUCAGCUGAAGGACAUCAUAGACAAAUGCAGAAGCCACAAACCAUUGGAUAGACCACAGAUGACAGGUGUGGUGACAAUCUUGGAGGCUCUCAGUAGUUCUUGUUCUUCUUAACAAGAACUUAUUGUGCCUGGGACAAUAUUUUUGUCAGUAAUGAAACAGACUUCCACAUCUACUGUACCAGAAUGAAGCAGGGAUCCUCAUCUACCUUGCCAAAUUUAGAAUGAAGCAGAGAUCCUCAUCUACUCUACCAGAAUAUUAUCAUGCAACUUCCCGUUCACAAUGUGAAUAUUUACUGUGUAUGCUGUAAAUAGCAACAAGUGCAUGAUGGCCUUUUUAAGCAGUAGGUUGUAAAUAGACUUGUGCUCACUUGCUUGUAAUUGCAAGUCUUCUAUACAAAUGCAUUCUCAUCUGUUACAUUCCCUAGAUGUAAACUGCAUAGUGAUAGCCAUUGUAUUUGUAGGUUGCCAUAUCAAUGUGUUAUAGUUAAGGGUUAAUGACCCGCCAGAGGUGUAUAUGGUGUCAUAACGCCUGGUCCUUUGCUAUAACCACCAAAUAAAAC